AUGUUAAACGACACAUUUCGAAUUGUGAGCAAUUUGACUUAUGAAGAUGAUCCAUGCAGCAUCUCAUUUCUCGAUCAAACGUUUGUCAAGUAUCCAUUGAUGUUUAUAUAUUCCGUUGUAUUCAUUCUCUGCCUCACUGGUAAUCUGAUGACAUUGCUUGUUAUGACAACUCAUCCAACGAUGAAAACUCCCACCAACUUUUUCCUUGCCAACCUUGCAGCAGCUGAUCUACUUGUAGCUAUAUUCUGCAUACUUCAAAACAUGGUUCAUAUUGUUGGAUUGGACCAUGGAAACUGGCCACUUGGAUUGGUUAUGUGCAAACUGUAUUUGGGAUUGACGAAUAUAAUGCCUUGUACAAGUGCUGGUAUAUUGGUUCUUGUAUCCAUGGAAAAAUACAUAGCAGUACUUCAUCCGUUAUCCGGGCUGAAAUGGUUGAAUCCGGAUAAUCGAUUGGCUGCAACUAUAAUCAUAUGGAUUCUCAGUAUUACUGUCAACUUUCCAUACUUUUUAUAUGCACAGAACUAUGAAUAUUUGGGAGUUAGUGCAUGUUUCAGAGGAGCAAUGCCUAUUUGGAACUCAUUUUCGUUUGUCGUUUGGUAUCUAAUUCCAUUAAUGUGCUUGGUUAUAAUCUAUUCUCGAAUCAGUCACUUACUCUGGACAUCUGAUAGUAAUCGACAAAGUAGCAGACAAAGUCAUGAUUCAAAACGAUCUUUAGAGGAAGGGAAUGGAAAUGGCUACGCGAAUACAAGUGCUCCUGGGGCGAGUUGGCAAAUGAAAAAUGGAAGAGUUGUUGUAUACAAACAAGAGAGUCUUCUGAACGUUCCAAUAAAGAAAAAAGAACCGAAAGAAGUGAAAAGACCAAAGGAUACAGAAGGACGACGGAAAGUUGUUCGACUGCUCGUUGCCGUUGUUGUCUUCUUUGCAGUUCUCACUUUUCCACAUCACGCACGUCUUCUUUAUACGAGUUUUCAAACUGGGACAAUCUGUAAUUCCCACUGGUCAAUGCUUGCUCAGCCGUUGUCAUACAUUCUACUGUUCAUAUCAUCUGCAAUCAAUCCAUUCCUCUAUGCUUGUCUAUCAAAAAAGUUUAGAAGUGCUCUUUCAGAUGUUUACAAUUGCAGAAAAGGGAUUUUUUAUAGAAUCUCUCGAUCAAGAAACAGAACACUUGUUAGUGAUGUUCCUCUCGAAGAUUCUCGAUGUCCGAGUCCAGUUCCAGCAAUUCGAAUGAACCGACUCCGAUGA